AUGACGGUAUCCUACAACUCGGAAAUAUCAUCGGUGUCUUCGUUCAACUUCUUACGGUUGAUGUGCCGAUGGAGAGGUUCGAUAUGGAAGAGUGUGCUCUCGGAGCUGAUGAUGUGGAUAACGUCUUACAUCAGUCUUGCCCUAUUCUAUCAUUUGGUUCUGUUUCCAAAAAGAUUUGAUGAAGACCCAAUGCGGGGCUCGAACCCGCGACAACCAGAUUAA